GGCUGGCUUUGUGGAGCGCUGCGGAGGGUGCGCGCGGGCCGCGGCCGCUAGACAAAGGAGCAGGGGAGCCGCUGAGGGGACCGCCACCCACCUCCCGGGCCGCGCCGGGGCCUCCGCCCGCCGCCACCAUGACCGCCAACGGCACGGCCGAGGCCGUGCAGAUCCAGUUCGGCCUCAUCAACUGCGGCAACAAGUACCUGACGGCCGAGGCGUUCGGGUUCAAGGUGAACGCGUCGGCCAGCAGCCUGAAGAAGAAGCAGAUCUGGACCCUGGAGCAGCCGCCCGACGAGGCGGGCAGCGCAGCCGUGUGCCUGCGCAGCCACCUAGGCCGCUACCUGGCAGCGGACAAGGACGGCAACGUGACCUGCGAGUGCGAGGUGCCCGGCGCCGACUGCCGCUUUCUCAUCGUGGCGCACGACGACGGCCGCUGGUCGCUGCAGUCCGAGGCGCACCGGCGCUACUUUGGCGGCACCGAGGACCGCCUGUCGUGCUUCGCCCAGACCGUGUCACCGGCCGAGAAGUGGAGCGUGCACAUCGCCAUGCACCCGCAGGUCAACAUUUACAGCCUGACCCGAAAGCGCUACGCGCACCUGAGCGCACGGCCGGCCGACGAGAUCGCGGUGGACCGCGACGUGCCCUGGGGCGUCGACUCGCUGAUCACGCUCGCCUUCCAGGACCAGCGCUACAGCGUGCAGACCGCUGACCACCGCUUCCUGCGCCACGACGGGCGCCUGGUAGCGCGCCCCGAGCCCGCCACCGGCUACACGCUGGAGUUCCGCUCCGGCAAGGUGGCCUUCCGCGACUGCGAAGGCCGCUACCUGGCGCCGUCUGGGCCCAGUGGCACGCUGAAGGCGGGCAAGGCCACCAAGGUGGGCAAGGACGAGCUCUUCGCCCUGGAGCAAAGCUGCGCCCAGGUCGUGCUGCAGGCGGCCAACGAGAGGAACGUGUCCACGCGCCAGGGUAUGGAUCUGUCGGCCAAUCAGGACGAGGAGACUGACCAGGAGACCUUCCAGCUCGAGAUCGACCGGGACACCCGAAAGUGUGCCUUCCGCACGCACACGGGCAAGUACUGGACGCUGACAUCUACCGGGGGUGUGCAGUCCACCGCGUCCACCAAGAACGCCAGCUGCUUCUUUGACAUUGAGUGGCGAGAUCGGCGCAUCACCCUGAGAGCGUCCAAUGGCAAGUUUGUGACCGCCAAGAAGAACGGGCAGCUGGCCGCCUCGGUGGAGACAGCAGGGGACUCGGAGCUAUUCCUCAUGAAGCUGAUCAACCGCCCUAUAAUCGUGUUUCGUGGGGAACAUGGCUUCAUCGGCUGCCGUAAGGUCACUGGCACCCUGGAUGCCAACCGCUCCAACUACGACGUCUUCCAGCUGGAGUUCAAUGACGGCGCCUACAACAUCAAAGACUCCACGGGCAAGUACUGGAUGGUGGGCAGUGACUCCUCUGUCACCAGCAGCAGUGACGUCCCUGUGGACUUCUUCUUCGAGUUCUGCGACUAUAAUAAGGUGGCCAUCAAGGUGGGCGGGCGCUAUCUGAAGGGGGACCACGCGGGGGUCCUGAAGGCCUGUGCAGAGACCAUCGAUCCCGCCUCUCUGUGGGAGUACUAGGCCCACCCUGGCCUGCCUGGGGGCUCCUUCAGUCCCUCCUGCUAACCCUCUUCUUCAGGUGGCCCUGUGGCAGCUGGUGAGCCCCUUGCCUUGAAACUGGAAACCCCAGAGAAAAACGGUGCCCCCACCUGUUGCCCCUACUGACUCCCUCCCCUGUCCCCAGGGGUCAGCAGCUGCAGCCCAUCCCUUGGAGGGUCUUCACGUCCCUCUGCCCUCUUCUGCCAAGGGACAAGGCUGCCACCUCUUUCUUCUGACCUCAGACGACUCUGAGCCUUAUUUCCCGGGAAGUGGCUGUGGAGCAGUGUGGCCUGGCAGGCCCCUAGGCAUGGCGGGAACGCUUAACUGGAAUCUCCUGCUCCCUCCUGCAGCCUUUCCCUGCCCCCAGGAGCUGGGCGCUUGUCCCCAGCCAGCCAGCAGGGACUCCUCCAUGGAGCCUAGUCCUGCACACCUGUAGAGGAGGGUGGCCUUCCCGUGGGGCUGACCAGGCUGGGGCAGACUUGCCCGUGUGUGUUGUUUGGGGUCCUGGCUGGAUGGCAGGGUCUCUGCUCCCUGACUUUAAGCAGGCUGCAGGUCCUGCCCCCGGGGCAUUCUGGGCUGGGCUGGGCUGGGGAUGCCCUGUUCCUGUCUCUUCCCUUCCACUCUGGCCUGACUGGAAGCAGAAAAUGACCAAAUCAGUAUUUUUUUUUUUUUAAUGUCACUGCUGGAGGCCCCGGCAAGCCUGGUUGCAGUUGUGAGUGGUCUUGGCGGGUUCUUGGCACUUGCCCUCCCCCUCCCCAGCUGGUGGCCUCCUCCCUCCCUCUGCCCACCCCCAGCCCUGGGCCCCUAUGCCUCAGCCAGAGCCCUGCCACGUUUGGUGCUCCAUGUCUGACACCUCGGGUCUCCUGGGCAGGAAGAAGCCAGGUGUUCCUGCAGCUGGGAGCUCUGGGGUGAGCCUGAGCCCUCCAGGUCCCGGCCACCCUGCCCCGGCCUCCCCUCCACCGUGCAUCUCACUCUGGGUGUCUUGGUCUUUUAUUUUUUGUAAGUGUCAUUUGUAUAACUCUAAAUGUCCAUGAUAGUAGCUUUGAACUGGAAAAAAAAAGCAAAAUAAAGUACUGCAAGUCUGCA